AUGAAUCUGGAAAGUAGCCACAAAAAUUUAACGCACACGCAAAACAGAGCAAACGCAAAGAGUUCCUGCAAAGGUAUGAAUCAACAUGUACUGAAAGAUGAUUGCACAAAUGAGAUAAAAAAAAAGGAAAUACGAAAUGAGCAAGUGGGAAAUGUCAACAAGAAUGAGAAAAAUUGCAAUAUCAAAAAUACAGACAUACCCUUUGCGGAAGGCGAGGGGGAUAAAAAUGUAGAAGAGAAAAAGAUACCCUUAGAUUUACACGAGAUUGACAAAUUGGCAUCUGAAAGUAAAAAAGGAAUACCGUUUUGCAUGGGGACGAAGGAUGACACCAGUUGUUCUAGCUACUUCGAGGGGUAUCCACACGAAAACUACAAGGAGGAUAGUGACUCAAUGGAGGGUGCAGAGGCAUGCGAAACGGAGAGGUGCACUAAUGAUAGUGCAGCGGAUGGGGGUGCCAGUUAUGACUGGAGUGAAAGAAGGAAAGCGGGGCAGGAUAACUUCUUAAGGGGGGAGGCGGAAAAGGUGGAGGAAAUGACCGAGAAAGAGACCGCGAAAAGUGAGGUGGAACAAAACAAGGUUGUCCCACCAACUGGGUUGGAAAAGCAUGACCAUGGCACAAAUGAAACUGGAGGGGAAUCCAAAGCGAAUGCGCUCAAAGAGAGUACGAAAAAAUGCAGUUCCAGAAAAAGCCUAAAGAAGGGGAAAGAUACGAAUACCCCCUCGAUUAAGAAUGACAGAAGCUUAAUGAAGCAAAAAUGCAGCGAAAUUAAGGCAAGCGAGAAAAAAAUAAAUGAGGAUAAUGUAGAAUUAAAGUAUGAACAUAAUAGCUCGAAGGGAAUCCAGACAGGUGGUGGGGGGAAGCCGUGUAAUGAGAAGGAUGAGGGUGUAUCAAAUGGAAAGGCGGUCGAUGAAAUACUAAAAGGUGAAAAAAAGGAACACCAAAUGGAGAGCUCAACAUAUGAUAAAAGAAAUGUUAAAAAGAGCAAGAGGAAAUAUUCUGAAGAAAAUGCUAACGGUAAAGACGACAUAGGUUUUCACGAAAAGGGGAACGCGAGGAAAAAAAAAAAAAACUCGCACAUGGAGGAUGGGGAAGACGUCACGAGGGAAAAAGCGAAAGGUAACGAUAAAAGUGACCAUAAGCAUGGCCACAAAAGUAGCCAUAAAAGUGGCCACAAAGGUAGUCACAUAAGUGGAAAGAGCGGAAAAGCGGAAAAUGAGAAAAAAAAACAAGCGGGUGAACAAUUGGUUCUCGAAAAGGAGGAGAAAGAGGGCCACAGCGGAGGUGCCACUACGACUGAAAGUGUGUCUCAAGCAUGUGCAUAUAAGAAGGAAAAAAUGAAUGAUGACAAGACAUAUAACACAUCAAAGGGGAAGAAGGUGGCCACGAAAAAAAAAAACAUAAGUAAGAAAAAGGGGAGCAAAGGUAAUGCAGACGAAUUUGAGAGCAAGAAAGAUACGCCAAAAAUUAUUAAUUCAAAGGAUGAUGGACAGGUGAAGAAAAAAUAUGCAAGACUUUUGAAAAACCUACAAACAAAUUUAUCCAGCAAAAUGUUGGAACAAGAAGGGGAGAAAAGAAUUAAAACAUGGGGAGAAAAGUUAACUUUGCAACAAAAAAUUAAUCAAUUUAUAAAGAACAAAGUCGCGACAAGGACGGAGUACAAAUAUGGGAAGAAGCCAAACACACUGUCUAUAUGUAAUCAGUUUAAUUUGUAUAAUCACUUAACCAUGCUAAAUGAUUUUAACAGGUUGCAUUAUUACAGAGCGGCGAUGAGAUGGACAGGGCAUAAGGACAUGUGCGAAUGUGAGGGGGACCCUUUGAUGGCACCAUGCGGAAAGGGUGAAACGAGUUCUCUUCAUGUAAGCAGCACAGGUAACAAAACAAAACAGAAGAGCGCCACCAUGUUAGCACAGAAAACGGUUGGCCAAAUUAACGGGGAAAGUUUAAACAGCAUAGGUAAUACCAUAAACGCGUAUGACGAAGAUGUGGAGGGAAUGCUGGAGAAUCAAAACGGAGAGAAAAAUCCAUAUAUUUUUUUUGAAAAUAAUAAAGAGUGCUACGUUUACAAUAAGAAAAUAAUUGAAAUAGGGACGGGACCACUUUCCCUGUUAUCUAUUAAUGCCAUCCUAAAUGGAGCCAAGCAUGUAGACGCGCUAGAGGUUAAUAAAGACGCGUCCGAAAUGGCGAAGAAACUAAUAGAAGGAUAUAAUUUGGAAGAUUUUAUUAAAAUUAUAAAUUGUUAUUCGAAGAUGUAUGUCUAUAAAGAGGAAGAAGAUCAGAGGAGACUGAAAAGGAGAAACUCCUUUUACAACUACUUUGAUACCAACGUCGAUGAGCAGCACUGCAGCAAUUUUAAUUACGACUUGAUAAUAAGCGAAGUGAUAGGGGAUUUCGCUUCUCAAGAGGGUGUGGCAGAUAUAUACCUCGAUUUGCACAAAAAAAUAUUUUCUUACCGAAAGUACCAGGAGUAUUUGCAUAAUUGGCGCAAGAGGGACGGGGGUGAUAGCUGGGGCAGUCACAAGAACGCGCUGCAGAACCACGGGGAGAAGGCCCCGACUGAUGAGGACAGACCAAAAAAAUACACAGAAAGUGGUAUGAACGAACAGACGGGCGAGCAAAGGGGCCAGGAAAACGUUAAGAAGGUGAAAAAAAUAGCAUACAGCGAAUUCGCAGCAGAUGAUAAAUUAUACAGCUGUGAAGAAUUCUACAAUAUGAAUGUUAAGAGCAUACCGUAUAGCGUUACGACAUAUUAUUGCCCCGUGAAGUUCCCUUACUAUGACAAUAUAAUAUAUAAGAGUGAGAAUUACCCAGAGAGGACAAUUAUUAGCCCCAAGAGUAAGCUACUACAAUCUGUUAUGUUGGAGUGGUCUAACUUAUCAUUAACUGAAGAAGAAAAUGAGAACACCGAUUUUGGUACACUAGAAUAUUUAUAUUUGGAACAAAAUGUAGCUAACCAAGUGAUACAAAAAAGGAAUCACAUCUUUUGGAUUCAAAAGAGUGGCCCUUUUUGUGGGUUUUUAAUAACCAUAGAUGUGGAAAUUCGAAAAGGGGAACAUUUUGGAACCAAAUAUGGAACCUGCGACAGUUGGUACACCAACAUAGUUUUAUUAAAAGACGAAAUUAACGUUAACAAAAACGAUUUGGUGGUUAGCAAAACGUACACAAACUUGUUAAAUUAUAAUGAGCAUAUUAUUGAUAGGAAAAUUGUUUUGGUUUCAAGGCCGUCCUACACGUUUUAUGGCUACAUUUUAAAGUCGAUGAAGAACAACAAUUUUUCUGCGUCCACGUCAAAUAGUGAUGGAGAUGUUAACAGUAGCUGUUUUAAAAAUCCCGAUGGGGAGGAUUACACGUCCAACGCUAGUAGCUUCAUCUACCUGGAUGACGAAACGGUAUUGUUGCUAGACCAGAUGCACUUUCACGAAAAAGUGCUAGCCAUGACGAGUAGGCAGAGUGGCGAGAAGGACGUUACAAUGGAUGAAACUGAAAAAAAAAAAAAUCCCGAAAGUGUUAAAGGGGAAGAAAAAAAAAUCAAUGCAAAGAAUAACCAUAUGGAGAAAAACAAGUUAAGUGGUUUGGAUGAACAAGUGGAAGAGAAAGUUGAAGGUCAUUCCAGGGUUGCCUAUGGGUCAGUGGAAAAUCACUGCGGGCAGAAGGGAAUCGAUCUAGUUAAGGGCGCAACACAUGACAGAUCAGCAAGCAACAGUUCCCGCAUCGACACGAAAAGCAAGACGACGCUUGCAGGGAGGGGCAAAGAUGGAAGUGCGAAUGGAAGCGCAGAUAGAAGUACGCUCUCGCGAGAUGCCACGAAGACGAAGUCGCAUAAGGAUGCCUCGGUGAACAAAACGGAAAAGGGAAAGAGAGCCAAUUCGGAGGAAAAAUCACCCAAGAAAGGGGCCAUUUCUGACAGAGACAAACAAAUCAACAAGCACGACAAUUCCUGCACAAGUAUGCAAAAUCAAAGAGGCAAAAGCGUUAAAGGAAACAAGACCAAUUCGGAAACAGUUGAAAAGGGCAAUACCGCCAGCAGCAGUGGCGGAAAUAUCAACAGCCGCAAUAGUCCCCAGAAAGGGGCAAAAAGCACGCCGAAGGAGAACGCCAAGAAUCAGGACAUAGCAGACAUUAUCAAUAAUUACAACUUGAAAGCGAACUUUUAUUAUGAAAAUUUAAAAGAUAAAAUCCUGGUUUAUAAAAACGUUAAGUACAAGUUGAUGCAUAUUUACGAACCGGUAGUUAUUGACUACGAUGAGCAAGCAACGGUGAUUUAUAAGAAGGAUGAUAUUUAUAAUAGCAAGGAAAACAACGUGAGUAAGUUUGUGAAUAACGUGUACCAGUGA